CUAGAUAUUCAUAAUGGGUCUUUUAUUUCUUUUCUUCAAAUAGAAUAAAGAAGAUCAAAUAACCCAGCUAUAUAAAUUACGAUUCCUCACCCCGUGGGGCCAGUAUUAUAUUAUUAUUCUGGGUGUACAGAGAUAAAAAGCAGCUGGUAUUCUCCGAUCCCGUGUAAAUUAUUUAAUAUCAUUAUUUAAUAGUUCGUAAAUAAGAAAACAAUACCUACGUUAAGAGAAAAAAUGUACCCAAAUAUACAUUGGCAUUUCAUAUUUAUGGCGUUUACAAUAUAUUUCAACGAAUUAACGGCUUCUGAGAUAUUUUUUUCAAGUCUGGACCAAGAAAAAGGCAAGAAGUUUAGUAUUCCGCAAAUGGCAGUAUUGAAGACUCGAAGCAGGAUAGAAUGCACUAAACUAUGCCAUAAUAUGGACACCUGUAAGUCAGUGAAUUUUUUAAAAUCUACCAAGACAUGUGAGAUCCUGGAUAGAAUUCCUGUGGAUUUGAAUACUCUUACAACAGAUACCGAGUCUCAGUAUUUAGAAAAGAGUGCUCAGCCAUUAUUGGGACUAACUACUGCGAACUAUGACUUCCACGCUACAUUUUUGGCCAUCUAUAUAGCUGUAGAAGGAGGAAUAACGGCAAAAAGGUUAUUAUUUAACAAUUCCUAUUAUUUGUUUUCCAUUGAGGACGCUGGUACUACAAAAACAAAGUCUCAUUCUAUUUAUAGUAACUUGAAAAAUGUCGCACUCUUGGAGGAUAAACUGACAUCUUUUGCAAUGGAAGAUAUGGAUAAUCUAUUAGCUAUGUACAGCGCAACUCCUCUUACUGGUUUUCCAAAAGCCACCAGCGCCAUAUUUGGUCCUGAUCCUGCUCAAGCCUUUAUCGCUAAACUUGGUACUGAUGGAUUUUAUGCGUUUACGUAUGAUAAAGUUAUGGAAUUUUCGCUUAUGAGACCUGCCACGCUUACUCUAGACUCUAUAUUUCAUCUUGAUGACGAGAGCACGGAUAACUUAUGGAGAAAUGCCCCAAAGGGUGUUAUCGCAGCAGCUUGGAUUCACCCUAAAUCUAGUUCGCCUGCAACCAAAGCGUUCCUAGCAACCAACACUUAUUACGCUAUUUUUGAUACAGUAACUAAAACAAUAAUAAAACGGGAUCAAUUAGUGUAGAAUCCAGUUCUGUUAAAAAUUGGAUGUCACUCACCUCUAAAACUGUUUAAUGGAUCUUGUUGGGCGAUUAGUUUGCGGGGGAAAAUGUUGAUUUAUAUUUGCCGUUACUGAUGAUACACUAGAUCAUCUGGCCAGUUUUUACCAAAUGAAGCGGACUCUCUGGAUAACAUUUUAUCUGCCAAAAAUGAGAAAAAUAGAACUAAGAUUUACAAAAGCAAGUGUUAUUAUAAUAACUGUAUCUUAUUUUGAAACAUUUGUUAGUUUAAAAGAAAAAAUAUUAACAGCUAAAUAGUCCAAAAACUUGUAUAUUACCUAUAGGUAAACACAUUAAUAUCACAAGUGGACAUAUUUAUGUGUAUUUAACAUGGUGUUGUAUGAUAUUGUAUUUGUAAAAAGGGGAACAUUUUUCGGGACCAGGAACUGGGCCCCAAGAGCUACUCAUCUUCUUAUUGUUCUUGUUCUUCUUGUGCUUGGGCUUAGACGCUCUUCGACAAAAAGCCGAAGUCUCCGCCAAUUCAAGUACGACCGAAAAUGAACUUGCCAUGCUGAUUCCUUGUACAAUUGCGCAAAAGCCUAUGUCUCUGUCAAAUCAAGUACGGCCGACAAUGAACUUGCCAUGCUGAUUCCUUGUACAAUUGCGCAUCGAUUGACCGAAUUCCAUGUUUGAUAUGAGGUGGUGGCGGUGACCCCAGCUUCGCUCGCACAUUUUCUCUAAGUAUUCCCAUAGCGUAUUUAUUACUUAACACAACCACAUUAACAAAGAAGUAUAGAUAUCUUCAUGUGUUUUUAACAUGCUGUUAUAUGUAUUGUAUUUGUAAAAAGUUAACGAUUAAAAAUCAGUUCAAAGGGUAUUAUUUUUUCUAAGUAUUCCGUAAUCUUGUAUAGGCAAACACAUUAACAUGACAAUUAAACAUAUUUCUGUGUAUUUAACAUGGUAUUGAUUUAUUGUUAUGCACUCGUAUUUGAGAAAUUUGUCCAAAAAAACAAAAACAAAACCCUUAUGAGUAGAAAUGAUAAUAAAAUAGUAUCAUAUUAACUUGAA